CACAACAUGACAUGGCAUAACAUAGAUAGAUAGAUAGAUAGAUACACAUGUUGAAUUUGAGGCUUCAGUGGCUUUGGUAUGUCUCUCAAGCCACGUGUGGACCUAAUUGCGAUGGCCUCCAACCUACUUGCGAUAGCCUCCAACCUAGAAGCGAUGGCCUCCAACCUACUUAUCUCUUGUUGGCAUUGACCCACCAUAUGAGGGGGCUUCCACUGCUUUGCACCACCUAAAGCCUGAUGAAGCAGGAGAAGCACCUUCAUUUGCCACAGUGAAUUGACGGCCCCUCCUAUCCUUGACUUUCCAGGUCAGGGCUUGGUUCCAUGUUGCUCAAACAUAGCAUGCCAUCCAACCCGCCCGUGCAACAUCGUGACGUAAACGGACUAAAACCACUGUUUUGUUUGGUGGGUCUUAUUUUGAGCCACAGCCAUGUCCACACAUGCGGAGGUUCAAAUUGAAGUGAUCUAUGAUCCGGCGAUCCGGGAUUCAGAUCAAGAUAGAUCAAGCUACCAACUUGGACUGCCCAAGAACUCUGCCAAUGGUUCACACGUCCUCUUGCACCCCCAAUCUCAGACUGUUAAAGACGUUCUGCAUGUGUCUUUUCUUCGAGACAGGAAGUUGUCGACCGCUGACUCAGCGGAGGUUGGACUGUCACGGUUCCGACAACAAUGGUUCAAUGAAGAUCUCACGGAGUUGCACGAUGAGGAUGUCCUGGAACUUCCAGCAACGAUACAGCUGGUUGUGCGGACCUCUUUGCCGCUUGACGAUUGGAGUAGCCAGAAGCUGGUGCUUGCAUGUGCUGCGAACGACGCAGAGGAGCUGGAACGCCUGUUGCUACUGCCAGCUUGUCCUGAGGCAACUGAUCACACGGGCAAACCAGCGCUGAGGGUUGCUGUGGAGGCUGGACAUUGCAAGUGUGUAGGCCUCUUGCUUGAGGCCAGAGCAGUGAUAGACCAAGAGGGAGACUUUGGCUCCACAUUACUUCUCGCGGCUUGUGGAGGCAAUUUGGAAGUGGUGCAACUCUUGCUGGAGUCCGGAGCAAAGACGGGACUUGGUGCAACAGCUUUGCAUGGGGCAGCUUGUUAUGGCCACAUUGAGGUUGUACGUUUUUUUCUGGACAAAGGCACUCACCCUGACGACUGCACAAGUGAUAUCACCACGUUGCGCGAGCACAGCCGUACGCCACUGGGGUUCUCGCUUUAUUUAGCAAGCAGAGGCGGGACAGCCUUGCAUUUGGCAGCUGUGAUGGGCCAUUGGAAAGUGGUGCAUUUGUUGCUACAGGCUGGAGCAGAUAGAGACAAGAUCAUCUCGCUCACUGGUGAAUCAGCUUUGCAUUUGGCGGCUUCAAAUGGGCAUGUGCAGGUGGUACGUUUGCUGCUGGAGGCUCAAGCUGACGCAAAUCGAGUGGAGGGAUGUGGAGUAACAGCUUUGCAUUGGGCAUCUUUGAAAGGAUACCUGGAUAUAGUGGAUGCCUUGAUCGAGGCUCUUUGUGACGUCAACCAUGUGCGAGGUGAGAAGACAGCGCUGCAUUGGGCAGCUGAACAUGGCCACAUGGCCGUUGCGCGGCGAUUGCUAAAAGCUGGGGCUCAGAUUGAUGAAACCAUGCCAAUCAACGGAGCCUCCGCCCUGCACUUGGCAGCGGAUCAUGGACACUCAGAAGUUCUGCAGCUGUUGCUAGAGGCCAGGGCCCAUAAAGACCAUGUGACGCAAUCAGGGGCCACGGCUCUAGAUUGGGCCACCGAGAGAAACCAUGAGAAGGUCAUCCAGCUGCUGAUCCAAGCUGGAGCAAAACGAAGUACCCGCGAGGUGGCAGCUGUUGUGCAGUUGGUAAAUGAACAGCUGGCCUCCAAGCAAAGUGAGGCUGCAACUGCUUUGCACUUGGCGACGCAGAAUGGGCAGCUGGACUACUUACAUCUCUUGCACAGGUUUGCUGCCAACUGCGUGGUGUCCUGACUUCUGCGGCCCAAAGACUGAAAGAA